AUGUUUGGAAUGACUCAAGUGGCGGCAACCACACCAAGCAGGCAUCAGUAUCAUAGAUAUUUGUAUAUUCAGGCUCUACUGUUAGAUGUGUUGGGGAUUGUAAAGGUAGAUAAACAUAGUAGUUCCGAGAGCAGUGAUGAUGGGGAAGAAGACACAUCCCUCUGCAGAGAGAAACAAAAGAAAUUCUUCAGGAAACAAAACAGCAGUGGUGUGGUAUCAGAUUCAAGUUCUCCCAUGAAAGAAGGAAAAACAGAUUCUGGAUAUGCACAAGGGUCACAGCGUAAGAAAAGUAACAAUAUAUGGGGUUCAGUAAUUACUGAACAAGAUUUGACACAAACAUUGGUACAAAGUGCAGCAGUAGACAAACCGGAUGAACUAUCAUAUAAUGAGCGUAGUGUUGAGAGUUAUGAUUUCACAAAGAAAUAUCAGGAGAAAAGACAUGGAUGGGAUAUGACUGAUUCAGGUGUUCCAAGUUUGGAUAACAACACUGAUAAUUUCAAUUUUGGAGUUAAUUCAAAGUCUUCAGAUGUAAGGGGCCGCACUAUAAUUGGCUAUGAAGAUACCUUAGACAAGUCAAGAGAUCAAAGAGAUUUAAGACAUAAUAUUGGCAAAUCAAAUAAAAGAAAACGUAAAGCAGAUAAUGGCAAUGAUAGACAUCAGCAUAGUCGUAUUCAUGAUAGGUUAGGCAUUAAAAAGGUGACAACAACAAAAUUAGGUGAAAUAGAUGUAUCUGUUGAUAUGGAAAGUGAAUUGCUGAUUGCAAAAAUAGCCGAAUUUCUUCAUGAACCCAAAGUAGAAUUAAUAGAGAGAAUAGUUACACAUCUUGGAAAAGAUGUUGCAAUAAGAAUUCUGGAAGCAACCAAAGAUGUGGAAGAAGGUGGAGGCAUGUAUACACUUGAUGGUAGUAGAAGACGUACACCAGGUGGUGUCUACCUAACAUUGAUGAAACAACAACCAGAAUUUAAUAAAGAUGUUAGAAGACUUAUUUUUGUGGAAGAUGUUCAAGAAAUGAUGAAACACAGAAGGGAAAAGCGUAAAAAGGCAAAAACAAAGAAAAAACAACAAGCUAAGAAUGAGGGCAAAGAGCAAGAGGAUAAUAAUUUGGGUUCAGUGUCACACUCUGAAUCUGGAUCAGUGUCAAACUCCUUAAAGACAACAGACAAAGCUGUAGAUGUGGCAGAAGAUAUGGAAGAUGGUGAAAUUAAAGAUGAACCUGAUGACGAAAAAAAUACUGUUGGAAAAGUAAACCAACAAAAUUCCAAAAAUAAUUCAGAUGAUGGGAGCAGUGGGGAGUCUGAUUACUAUGACAAUGAUAGACAGAAAUCUGUCUGGUCAAAACCAUUCAAUUUUGAAGAUGAAUUAGCAGAAACUAAGAAAUUAAUCCUUGAAAAAUCAAAGUCACAAAAUAAGGGACAGAAUUGUGAAUUGAAGGAAACAGAGUGUAAUGAAGGUCAGGAUAUGGAUAUAAAUAAUGUUUCUGAAAUGGCUGAUCUAGAAUCUGCUGAAGCAAAUGUUGUAGACAUUGAUUUGGGCAUUGAUACAGAUUAGUUAAACAAAGGACUUCAGAUAAAAUGGUAUAACCUUAAAAUGAAAUGUUUGACAUAUGGCGGUGUGUAAAGCAGAACAAAAUUCAUGUGUUCAUAUUGUAAAUCUUAUGAUGAUUUUGAAAGAUUUGAUCACUAGUUCUCAUUAGAAUAAUUACAAGAAUUUGGUCU